AUGUGUAUAGCAUUGAGUAAAGCUCAGAGCAAACGCGGCAAAUGCGAUGUAGUGCAUGGAAAGCAAGAGGAGAAAGUACAGGAGUCAUGUUAUUUUAAAGAUCGCGCCACGUUAGCCUAUGGUUUUGGUGCCCUGCCUAAACUUAUGGAGGGUAUAGGCGAUGAAGAUCCGCAUGUACAAUUAAAGUCUAUCAAUUCGCUAGCGGAGUUUCUUUUAAAUCCUUUACAUGGUCAAUCGGCAAUAAACGCCCAUGAGGUUGUGAAAAGGCGAUUUCGAUAUCGAGCGACUAGCUAUGAAGAGAUGGAUAGUAUCUUAAAUCUGUUUGUUGCAAUCGCUAUGCAUAUGAAUGGCAGUCAAUACAUUUUAGAGAGCGGGCGUUUAAUCAAUCAGUUUUAUGAGAUAAUGGAGGGGGGCGAAGAACUUAGUGAGAAGGUGGCUGUUAUUUUAGCUUUUUGCACUAAGGAGUACGAUGACGUUUGUUUCCUACAAGAACGUUACAAUGCGGUCGGCAGGUUAGCUCGCAUUUUUGGACGCGAUGUGUGUAUCCAUUCACAUCCAUCUGCUAUAUAUCGUCACAUGAAGUUGCUGCUUGAAGUGUAUCCCGAUGUGGCAGUCAACGAAGGUCUUUUCGAGAUCCUUUUUACACGUAUUAAGAAUCGUGCACACGAAUUUUGGCAAAAUGAAAUGCAAUGUUUUGCGCUUUUGUUACGUUGCGCAGAGGGGCAAAAACGCUUUGUGGCUGUUGAUGGUAUGAAGGAAAUGUACGACAUUCUUAGUGAUACAACGCGUAAAUUAAAUUCGUACAAAUACGUGAUUUUCACCAUAAUGCACGGUCUGUCUUCCAAGGAUGCACUCUGGCGAUGUUCUGCAUUUGUCGACUUGCCAGAGCUUAUAACUAAGUUAGCCAAAGACGACACGCAGCUAUUCUGCUUUCAGACUCUCUACACAUUGGCGGACAUGCCUCGCAUAAAAGCUUAUAUGCGUAUGAAUUGUUAUGAAGACUUGAAAAAGCUUAAUUGUGAGGAAAAGAUUAACGAAGAGCGAAAAGCUGAACUUUUACACAAACUAGAUCGUGAGGUCUUCCAUACGAGUAGAUUACGUGUAAACGAUCGAAAGCCAUUUGAAAUUGAUAUCGAACCUAGGCUAGCUCCAUUUGGAAGUGGAAGACGUGUUGCACUACGCCAUACAUAA